UCUACUUCUAAUUGAUUAUAAUUUCCUUUAUUGUGUAUCGUCCUUCGAAGGUGAGACCUGUGGGGCUAAUAGGACUACGAUAAGCGCCGGCGCUUAAUUGGUAGUAGAUAAGAGAAUACUUAAUUAAACUCAAUACACUACUUGAUCGAUAGAAGCCUUUUUCUGGUUUCUGUCUUUUCUAGUUAGGUGGUCCACCACAAUUCAUUGUGUAUCGUCCUCAAAAUCUAACUCAAUAUUAAUUUGAAUUGAUUCGUCAUCUCUCCUGUGUUCUCCGAGUAACAAUUUUUGAGGUGUACGCUGAUUUUUCAAGGUGGUCUGCUAGAAGAAGUAUGUGAUAGUGUUGAUACAACUGCCGCAAAGAAAUGCGCAAUUCGAAAUAUUCUUGUUGAUCAGCACUACUUCUACUAAACUACCUCUAGGUGUCUGCAGGUUUUUCUUUUUUUAGAUGGAUCUAUUAUGUAGGGCUUUUGGUUGGGAACUUUGCAUUGAGAAAUGAAAGAACAUGGAGUUCUAGGCGUUUCAGCGUGAGUCUGCUUUAGACCGCCAGCCAGCAGCCGCUUGCCUGUGUGGUUGGUCGAUCGACCUUUUUCUGUGCCUGGUUUUCUCUCUCCCGUGCUGGCGCAGCUCGUUAAGGACGUUCAACGACCUGCUCCUGCAUUGACUCGACGAUUUGAAAGGCUAGUUUGCAGGCGUGAGCGCGGGCAAAAAUGUCGAUUCUCCUGUUUCGUGACAACCACCUACUAGUACUAUGUGAAGAACGCUCAAGAGACUAUAUUCUUGCUCAUAUAUUGUUGAGCAAGAGCCAAACAAGUGGACCCGCCAAUCGUGGUUUUGCUCCUAAAAAUCCGGCAAGCGCAGGGUAGGGAACCUGAGGCGCAGCCUGCUGAUUAUCGAAUAACACAAGUAUUGAAAUUCGACGACAAUAGCCACUUCUACCUCCUAGCUUCGAGAACGGUGCCAGUGGAGCAUUUUUAACGAUUAGAAGCGAUUAGAACUGGAGCCACAAAGACGUAACUCCUCACGAUUUUUGAUUCCCAGAAGCUAGACACUAUCUGCAGUGACAGAUACAAGAACAACACGAAAAUUAGGAAAUAAAAGCCUGUAGAACCCAUUACCACAAGAACUACUAGUGCCGCGCUUCCACCACUAACUAGUACAACACCGACAAGCACGAGUGCAUUCUAGGAAGGUCGACGAGCUCGUCGAGGAGGCUCCUUCUUCAAAAUGGCGACCAAUGAUAUGAUGCAGUUUGCUGAGGGGCCAUCGGAAAGCACCGAUGAGUACUCCAAUGGCUCAGCAAGUGACAUGGGUGAUGAGGUAUUUCUAUUUGGUCGUGUUGGUACCAUGACGACAAGGAGGUGUACUAUUUGAUGAUACUCGUAAGGAGCAAUCCUCUCAUUUUCAUCUUUUUUCCUAAAAAAGAGGGACUGAAGCAGCAUCAUGAGCAUAUUUCAAUCUUCGAUCGUCGAGAAAGCCUUUCAUAUGUCUCAAGAAUGACAUAUGCAUGGUGGAUUAUACAACACACUAUUACUGAAUCUUCAACACGACAGGUGACAUGGAUAGAAUGGUUUUGCCAUCUCAAGGGGAACGAAUUUUUUGUGGAAAUAGAAGACGACUACGUUCAGGACGACUUCAAUCUUACGUAUUUUAAAUGUUUUUGGAUGCACGUUGACCUUGAAUGAUAACGUCUAUUUCAUCGACUUUGAGUUGUGUGACUGUGAAUUUAUGGGACUAAAUACCUCCGAAGAAUAUUCAUAUCACAAGGUGAAAGAAGACAGAAUAAUAGUUCGAGUAGAAUUAAAAACUUGAGUAGAACAACGCUUCCCUCUAUACGAAGUAUCUCCACAGGUACCUCAACAAAGAUUUGCAGGAUUACUACGACGUGGACGUGUAUAGAGAAGCACUAAAUAUGAUUCUUGAUUAUGACGACCAGGAUUCGCAGAUACAGACCGAGAGCGAGAGGUCAAUGGUGGAACAGGGAGCGCAGUGCCUUUACGGACUUAUACAUGCGCGGUAAGAUCAUGAUGACUACAUUUUUCGAAGAAGUAUCCUACUACUGCUUAAUGAACAAGCGUAGGACGACAUUAACAUUAUGUCCUUGCUAGCGUUCAUCUUCGCCUUAAAGAUUUUGACCUUGAGUUCAUUAUUGCAGAGUAGUUUAUAGCACGCAUGGUAGCUCCCCCUUUAGCUCCAUGUGAUCCAUGCACUCCAUGCCAUGCGAGCUGUGGAACCUUAUGAUCAGUUGCUCUGUUAUUGUUGUCCAAAUGGAAUCAAUGGGUCUCAGCGUAUCCUGAACAUGAGGAGCAAAUCCAAUUAAAUUCUCAUCUCUCUUGUUGAAACUACGACUUUUACCUUACCAUUCAUCUCUGUCCUCUUGUAUCUCUUUUAUUCUAGGUGGAUUUUGACGGCGCGGGGUAUGUCAGCGAUGUUCGACAAAUACAAUAGCUAUGUCUACGGCAGUUGUCCAUUAUUGGAUUGCCAUGCCCAGAAUCAAGCGGUGUUGCCAAUAGGGGUCACCGAUGUGGUGGGACAAAACGGUGCCAAAGUGUACUGUCCCCGAUGCAAAGAGGUUUUUCACCCAAAAAGUGCGAAAUUAGAGGUAAAUUUUCAUGGAAAUUUGUUUUGUGAUGCUGCGUAAAAAUAUAAUUCCUCGGUUGUAGGUCUAGGUGUUGAAGUACGUCUACUCAGUACCAAUAUCAAAGAAAAAAUAUUUUCGAGUACUCAAUCUUUAUCUUAUCCUUGGUCCACCUACACCCAGCUCCAGCACACAAAAACAUACUUACAAACUCUCAACAGAUUAUCGACGGUGCCUUUUUUGGGACGUCAUUUGCGCAUCUUUUCUUCCUCACUUAUCCGCAUCUGAAGCCAACGAGUGAGCCGCGAAAUUACAUACCCAGAAUAUUCGGCUUUAAGGUCUACAUGGAAUACAGCUCUAGCUCUAUGCCUAUGCGUGUGUUGUAUGAUUUUUUGAUUCCUUCUCAGCUUAAUCAUCGUGUUGUAGAAAUACACUGUCAGCACACUGAUCUGGUCGUGCAGGUGCAGAAAUCAGUGACAGAGUGAGCAAGUAGAUAAGUAAUCAGCCUGUUUGUACUUUUUGGUCAUUUUCAGUUUGUGCAUAAAGAUUGCCUUACAACAACCGAAUUUAGGUUGCGGCACACGUACGGACAGGACUUAGAGUGGCGGCAGGAAAACAAGCUCCGUCGCGCAAAGACGGUGCCACUGCGCCAGAAGAAGAGUCGGAAAGUAAAAAUAAAGCAGCCGGAAAAAACAAAAUGCAACUCGAUUCAUCAUCUUGACGCGAGAAAUAAAAGCUGUAAGGAAUGCGGAGGAGACGCGAUGAAGAGAGACGGGCGAUGAUGUUGCAGGGAUUAUAUGCAUCUAUGUACAUGUACGUGAAGUGCUACCCCACCACGCACUCGAGUUCAUCUGUUCACUUUUGGCUGCAGAAGUGAUUUCCGUCGAAGUGAUUCCACCAGAGGGCAUGCUGGAAAUUGAGCUUGCAUCAAGUCGAGAAGCUGAACUUAAGGCCUGAUGUAUCUUCAUCGCGCCCCUGUUAUCUGGAGGAAACUCUCGUCCUUUCACCCACUGCCAAAGUUUGUGUUGGAGAUGAAUCCGCAUGGAAUCAGCACCAGAUCCCUGCAGCUUCCUUUUUUUGCUCCGCCGUCUUAAUGUCAUUGGCGCAGCAUAAUGUUCAGGCUUUCCACAAAAACAAGGCUUUUUUUUCUUGUAUCAAUGAAUACUUCUUUCUUGGUAGACUAGGUAUGUUGGUCCCUUAUUCGUCACUUGGUAAAAAUUUCAUGUCCGUAAUUUGUAUUCGUAUGUCAUGACAAGCCUAUCCAUCGUUGUUGAAUAUUAUUUUGUAACGCGUCAAAAGAAGAUAGCAGGUAAAUUUAAUAUGAGGAACACCGUGAAGAUGAUCAUGACAUGUUCUUAUAUUAGACAUAGGUCUACCUCUACUAGGUGUUAACUAGAUCAUGUUCAUAUUGAUAGGUCAAAGUCAGCUGUCGUAAUUAUUCUAAGUAUGAAUAAAACACUGGCGUUAUUGAAAGGCCAGCUAACCAUGAUCGGCAUCAUGUGAAGAUAUGCAAGAGCGCCUUGCCUUCACGGAUGGGGGGUGAGUCGACUUGAUUUUACCUGUUGUUGAGCACAACUUGUAUCAACGCGCGCAACCGCAUACGCAUGACCUCCUUUAAUUGUUGAUCUUGUUGUACAUGAAUUACUCCCUCCUGUCCCCCGAACAGAUGACAACGACCAUAAAUAUGAAUCAACAUAGUGCUGUUGAGUGGUACACUAGCAUUUCUUACUGUUACUACACAGCUAGCUUCGCACCACAAAAAUUGAACAAUACCAAACGAUCACAACGCUAUUGUGAUUCUGAUGCGGUUGGGCUCGCAAUCGCAAUCAGCUGCUACCUCAUUCAACAACGCCUAUAGAU